AUGCUGCUGUUGCUGCUGCAGACAAUUUUGCUGCUGGGCACGCACUUGAGUGGCGCGUCGGCUGUUGACAAGGAUGUGGCACCAGUUGGCGAUGUAAAAACGGAUUUGCUGUCAUUGGAGCAGGAAAUUGGCGGCUCUGCGGUGCGGGAUGAAUCUGCAACUGCUUCCGUGUGGAAUCUGCAUCCGGGGCGGCAUCGUCGCAGGCGUGGCAUCUUCUUUAGCGGCAGCAUCACCGGGUUUCCCUUCUUUAACUGGGCCAGUGGUUAUUCUGGCUAUUCCUGGGGAUAUCCUGGCUAUCCUGGCUACAACGGCUACUACGGCUCACAAUCGCCUGGAUAUUACGGCUAUGGCAGUGGCUAUUAUCCCGGUUACCUGGGCUAUCAGAAAAUUAUUAUCGGUUAAUGUGGACGUUUUUAAGAGCAGAAGAUUAGAGAACCUUUCAAUGUGAGAUUAUAAAUAAUGCCCAGGAAGAGCGACCCACGACCCUUGCGCAGUUUGUUAUUUUACUUAUUGUUGCUGCUUUUAAAUUAAUUUGCCGGACACAAAAAGUUGACCUAAGUUGGAGGAGUAAAAGAACAUCAUGAAAUUGCACAAUUUAUAUUCAUUUUUAAGGGGCACACAGAUUUUGCAUAAAUCAUUUCCCAGCGACCAAAAUGAAACGCGUUACAUAAUUUUUAACCCUUGAUAAUUUUUUAUGACAAGCAUUUUCGUUAUUUUCCCUCCAACGGUUGGGCCGCAGCGAAAUGCAAAUAAAGCGGAUCAAAAGUUUGCUGUUAAAAGAAGAUUAAUUGCAAUUUGGUGGCAAGACCUGAAACAUUUCGACCCAACUCCCAGCGAGCCAUCGAAAUCCCCCAGUCCAUUCGUUUUGGGUGGUUGGUAAUUAAAUAUUUUUAAGCUGUAAAUGGUUUCCAUUUGCCUGAUGCUGUGUUCUUAUUUUGUAUUUGCA